AUGAUUCACGAGCAGGGGCACAUUUCGGAUGAAAACCUUUAUUUAAUGGAAUACUGGCCAAUAGAUCUUCACAAGCUUCGCAGACUAGACUUUCAUCAACUGAAUUGGGUGCCUUGUGAAAAGACAAUGGAAGAAUAUUCAUUGUUUCAUAGCUUCUUGAAGCAUGGUGAUGUGGUUAAACCAAAGUCAUGGCCCACCCCAUCAUCACCAUACAGGAGAUUUUUUGAUACUGAUACACCUGGAAAAGGUAGGUGUAUUUCUUCAACAUUGUGGUACUUCCCUCAAGAUUGUUUGAAUGUAACUCUCCUAGAUGAGUGA